AUGGAGAACAAGACCUUCAUACGCUGCAGUAAUGCUUUGAUGUUGAUCCUAUUGAUUGGCAGGAGGUCUCUGGUGAUAAAACCAGGUCCUGGUCGCGGCCACAGACUCCUCCCUGUGUCGGUCCAGCCGUGCUGCUGUUGCACCAUGCGCGCCCUGCUCUGCCUUCUCCUUUCCUCUGCAGCCGUUCUGUGCCGGGCUGGUGUGAUCCUGGAGAAUGGAGGUCCCAUCAUGUGGAGCCAUGCCACAGAUCAGCUGACAGACUUACCCAUCACUGAGGGAGUGCUCACCCCAGACCCAUGGCACUACCUGCACCGCAUGAGCUUCUACCGUCUGCUCAUCGCCUCCACCAACCCCUACAUGAGCUCUAUGGGCCCCGGGGAAAACAUGAGCCCCAUCUGGGGUCUGCCGCUGCAGCUGGGGUGGAUGCUCAGCUCAGGACGACUGGCUGAUCCCACAGGAAGCACAGCGUGUGGGAUCCCAACAGGAGACACGGCCGAUAUGUGCAUCUCCACGAGCAGCUGGUGGGGCUGUGUGAACUACUUCAACUCUGCUCUGCCCUUCCUGUCCGCGGCAAAGCAAGGCUUCAUGGGAGAUGGAGUUUCUGUGCAGCUGCAGGUCCCCGCUGGAGUGGAGGAGUAUUGCACAACCUAUGAUUCAUGCAAAGCAGCUUUUCCCGACGCCAUCAACAACUGGGACAUGUUUUUCCAAGGUCUGAAGGAAUCCACUUCUUCCCCUCUGCCCGAGAACGAGAAACAGGACGCCAUCUUGGGUCUGUAUUGGAAAGCUCAGACCUCCUCCAUCGCUGCAUCCUCCACCUGUAUCAACAAACUGGGCUCCUACUCGUCUGUGGAGAAGAACUUUGCCCAGAGUUGGUUGAACGCUGGAGAAUACGUCGCCGCUGCUCGUUUUCAGUCCAGUUUAGAUCUGGCCUCACAGUUCAUGGCUCCUCUGCCCGGACGCAUCCUCAAGGAAGACGACGUUCCUCCAAACAUCCCUGACCUGACAGCGGAGGAAAACCACUCCCUCUACAUAUUCUCCUGGAUGAGGAGCGCAGACAGUUUCCUGGGGGGAACCCUGGUGAAUCUGUGGAGAAACGCCAUGUGCUCCGUGACGACAAGAGAGAGUGGACGAGAGAUGCUCCGCCAGCUACUCUUCAACACUGAGUACGCAACCAGCUCCUUCCUCACCAUCGUGACCUCCAUGUCCACUAGCUGUGCCUAA